AUGGCCAUUCGUAAGGCCACCUCCUCCCGCCGCAAGUCCAUUCUCAGCGUCCGCUCGACGUCUUCGUCUUCAACGUCGCUUGCUGCCCAGUUGUCGCCUAGACCCUCCGAAAUGACACUGUCUCUCGAUAAUGACCGCCUCGUCAAACUGAUGUUGAAACAUUUCAAGAAACUUGAGUUGGCCUUGACUAAAUUCAACUCCAAACAUGCCGGUAUCACUAAAGCAAACAUCCUUCGGACGCUGCUCCUCCCGUUCUUGCGUCUGCUGCCUUCACUCGAAGCCACAUUUGUUCCGCUGUCCAAAAUCUACUUGAGCUUUGUAUCACUCUCUACUACCGUGUUGGGUGAAUGGUGGCGCCUGCUCUUGGUGCUGUUAAAUGCCUCCACUGCCACCUCGAACGGUAUUGUCUCCUCCACGGACCGGAGUGCCUACUUGGAGUGUGUAUCCCGUAUAAUGGGAAGACCCGAAUGGGCCCAUGCCGACCCUGUUUAUUGCCGUUUGUACAAGCAAUACUUGACCGAUACUCUCGAUUACUGUAUCAACCGUCUUCUGCUGACCAAGGUAAUCUCCAUCUCGUUAUCUGCUUUUGUUGGCAAGGUUUUUGCCUACGCAUACUUCCAUCUUCCCAACGUUUGCAAUGCGUUGCUCUUCCUUUUGAACGUCAAACAAGCCAUGGUGGAUGCUCACUUGGCAGGUGUGCCUCGUGUAGCUGCUGCUGACUUCAAGGAUGCAGCUCGCGUGUUUCCAGUCCACUUGUCUCACUUGAUCGAUUAUAGAGGUUUGGCCAAGUUGGAUCGCCUAAAGCGGUCGCUGAUCAACUCAAUUCCACCACCGAAACAUCCUGUGGCUGGUAUCAGGGAACCAGGAGGAUCAUGGGUGCGUCGUUGGUGUUCCAGCGAUAGCGACAUCUUCAACUCGUUCUUCAGACACUACGUCUCCAUUGUGGACAAUCUUAUAAUUUCCUGUCCCAGCCUCGUGCCUGACUCGUUUCCGGGCUUCCACAUCAUCACCAGUCACAUUUACCAGAUCUUUCUGGUGUCCAUCCAUCGCAUUCUGAUGGUCAUGGCCAAGCCGGCUUUGUCGGCGAAGAAUUCUUCUGCAUCUUCAAUUUCAUCUUCGGCAUCGUCGUCGUCGUCAUCAUCAUCAUCUACUUCAUCCUCCCCAUCAUCAUCUUCUUCAUCAUCACCAUCUUCUACUUCACUGAACAAGUUCAUUUCGUCGGACGGGACAGCACCUCUACCGACCACCUUCCCCUAUAAACAGAACGAUACCAAUUACACCAGCAUCAUGAAACUUUUCAAGACUGUGAGAGAUAUUGAUUAUUCCUCUGUGGUGUUCUCAAACUAUUUGACUCGCUACAUCGAUGGACUCUUGAUCAAGGUGGCCAAGACCAUCAGUGUCUUCGACUUCAACAAGAACGGCCUUCUCUUGAAUCUUGUGUACGAAUACUCCAACCAUGUCCUUGACGCCACCAAUAUUAACUGGGAGUUUUGGUUGGGUUGCAACUACUUGAUGUUGACCGCCACGGAACAUAUUCAGACUAUAUUACGAAGUUUUGCGUUCUUGUUCAAUGUGUGGGACAAGAUCCCUGCAUUAUUGACUAGACACGAGUUCCCACAGUCGGUUUCAUAUCUCAAAGGCUGGCUAUUCGACCCCAACGAGAGUUAUAAGCUGAACUUCUCCGAUUGGUUGACUUCCAACGACGUGUGGCUGGUAUACUUCACUCACUGGAACUGUCUAGUUCGUGGUUACUACUCCCGUCUUUUGGUGUGGAGAAUCAUGGGUGUCAACAACUACCAGUCGUCUGUUUCGAUCAAGACAACCAGACGAGCAAAGUAUAAGUUGGAUUUCAUUUACGAAAGUAUCCGUAGCCUCUUAUCGUCCAGAGGCUUGACAGCUCAGUUAGCCAACUUAAACUUCUCGGCUGAACUCCCCAUGCUGAACAGGAAGCUAAGCAUUCUUCCCAUCAACUCCAAGUUUGCCUACUCGAAUGACCUACUCACCCUCACGGCUGUGUCAGCUAUCUCAAAGACGAGUGAGUUGCGCAAAACCCACCCUUAUGAGAUCUUUGAUGAAGCCAUUUAUACGUGCACUUCAUUGCCUAGUUCUCCAGGCGAUCCCAAUGCCACGAUGCUUGGCGCAACUCUGCCCUCCCAGAAAGUGCCACGCAACCAUUCUUUGAUCAAUCUGUUGAGUAAAUUCUUCAAGAUGUUGUCCACAGACGAUCCUGGAGACAACAAUUCGUUCUCGAUGGUGCCGCCUAAUUACAUCCUAGGUGACCGUGGUGAGAAGGGCCGCCAAUUGAACAAGACCCGGCUUUCGAAGUCGAUGACCUCGCUUUCUAACUACUCCAUGAAAUCUCGAUCAUCAAGUCCCAGUAUGAUUUCGUUUCAAUCAUCUCCUAAUUCUAACACUGACGGGUCCACAGACUCCAGUUUGAAGUCCGACCUGGAUAAUUCUAGUUUGUUGUCAGAUUACCUUGGCAGUUCGUCCUCCUCAUCCUACUCAGCAUCAUCACAGCAGCCUUCUCAGCCUCCUGAACUCUUCAAGAUUCCUCCAGAGAUUGUGCGUCCAAUAUUUAAGUUUGACAUUGUGCUCGACCACGAAUCUGUGGGAGAAAAGUUUAUGUUGAUGCAGAGGGCCAAUACAGACCGCAUGAGCCAUCGAUUCUUUGAGAACUUGUCACCAAAUCUCUCAUUUGCUACCAUGCCCAAGCAGCCCGUUAUUCCUUCUGUGUCAAUUUACCUCAAUUCAGAUAUGUAUAACAAGUUCUACAUCACCAGAGAGGACUACUUGCUCGACGACGAUGCUAUGUCGGAUGUUGACAUGACCGAUCUACAGAAGUUCAGCAAGAAAUUGGCUCAGAGCCUUCACACCCCAACAGACUUGAUGGCCAUGGGUAGAUCAUUGAACGAAUGGAACAAAAUCGUCCAAGAGUUUGAAUUCUACCUUUUCAACAAGGUGGAGACUGAUCAGGCCAAUUACUUCCCUGUGUCUACCAAUGACGACUCGGACGUUCUGCUGACUAUUGUCGAGAUCAACGAGGGAGAUUACUUCAAGCGAAUCAUUCCGUUCUUGUCCAUCGACACCUUCUCCGAAGUGAAGUCGUUGAACGCAGCGUAA